AUGGAGGAUUCCAACAGUUUCAACAGAGAUGAAAUCGCAGAAGAGAUUAAUUCCAUAUUAAAACAAGCUAGAGAUCAAAGUAGAUAUUCAAAGAAUCAACGAGUCACUUUUAACGUCUCAAACACUAAAAGCAUCAAUGAAAAGCCACAAACAUCUUCAUCUUUAUCAAGUAAAUCUGUUGUUCGUUUGAUGAAAGAAAAUGAAAAGUUUAGUGAAUCUCAAAUGGAUUUAGAAUUAAAGCUUAAAGAUUUUAAAGCAAAGCUGAAAUCGAUGAAUGGACAGGAUAACCUGAAAAAAUCUAAAAAGAAGCCUAAAAUGAAGUUGAGAAAAGUAACUUACAAAUUGAAAAAGCCAGUGCCUGCAUACGAUCCUCAACAACCUGAAUUUCCAGAGCUAGAAGAAGCUGAUCGUCCAAUUUUAAUAAACUAUUUCAAAGAAAUUGCUAAUAAUUUUCAUAAUGAAAAAAGAAGAAACAGACAAUUGAAUGAAAGUCUCAAAACAUACCUGCUUAAUAGAAAAAUAAAGAAAGCAUUCGAGGACGAUUCAGAUGGGCAAGACGAUGCUUAUUAUCAGAAAUAUUAUCAGAAUUUAGAAAAGAUUCAUGGAUUAAGACAGGAAAUUAAAACGAUGAAGGAAGCUUAUGAUGUUGAAAAAAUGGUGAAUUCAAAGAAAAAGGAGGAAUUGAUUGAGAUGAAGAAUGCUUGUUUACAAGAUUUUCAAGCCACAGUCUAUUCAAAAGCUCAAGAAGUCCAAACAACUCAUCCAAUAUCUGAAAAAUCAAUCAAAAAGCAUCUCAAUACGUUCUUCAAUUUCUACGAUGAAGUAUCAAAACUUCGUAUGGCAAACUUCAAGACACAACAGUUGAUAGCUAAAUAUGUAGACAAGGAGAGAGAUAUUGAAGAAAUUGGCGACGGAUUGACACUUUUUGACUAUGAAAAUACAAAAACAAAGCUUCAGAUUGUUACAUCGAAUAUUGAUGCUAAGAAUAAAAUUUUAGAAAAAAUGAGGAUGCGGAUUAAAAAAGACACAAAGGAUGAUCAAAAAUACACACAAAAUCUCAAAGAACUAGACACAAAUCUACAAGAAGUAAACGAAACUCUACAUAACCUUAAAGAAGAAAAUGCAAAAUUAUUCAACGAAUCAAGAAAGCUAAAGAGCCUCGAAAAGCAGCUUGAAAGUAAAUUGAACGACAUUUACAUAAAAGGGCAGCUGCUUUCCGAACGAAGUUUAAUGAUUGAUUAUGAUAAAAUGGACGAGAAAUUGAAUGAAAAGAAAGAUGAAGUUGCGAUACUAAAGGAUGAAAAUCAAAAGCUUGAUAAGAAAUUGCGAAAAUAUGAAGAAGAACUUAAAAUACUUGAGAAGAAAAAGGCAGAGAAGGUAGAAAAGAAUGUGGAACCAUUAAGUUUAUAUGAGGAAAGAGUUGCAUUGUUUCGUAAGACGCGUACAUCUUGAAAUUUGAAUUUUAUUUAAAUUAAGUUGUGCAAUUCAAGAACGGAGAAGUUUAGGAUUAUUUUUGGAUUUUUAAAAAUUAUUUGAUGGC